UCUAGACAUGAAACAUGGCGUCAAAGCGCUCUCAGUAGCGCUGAACGUAAAGCAAGACACGAAAGAGAGGGCGUUGCGGGAGCGGACAACCAUGUAUCUUUUCAUCCUGUUCUAGAAAGAGAUAGCAUGGAAUGAGCGAGCACACACACAUAAGCCACCGGCGCAUUGCAUUUGUAAUGCUCUCGCUCUCUCUCUCUCUCUCUCUCAGCUUCCACUUCUCGCGUUCCAGCAAUAAAAACAUGCGGUUUCCAAGCGGAAAAUGUUGAAAAUCAAGCGGGAAAAUUGUCGAGUGGAUGUUCAAAAAAGUCUAGCAGUGAUUAAAUAUAAAAAAGUAAUAAAACCAAACAAGUUUCCUGCCACUAUUUAAGGGUUAGCAUUAGCAGAAAACCAACGAGUGCUCGCAAGCUCACAAAAAGUGCUAAAAAUAUAAAGAGUGUCCACAAAGCGAAUUGAGAGGAAUAAUUAUUUGGUUGUUUUCCAUCUUCCUGCCGACAAUAUUGUGGUGGUAUACCACGAAUAAAACACAUAUUUGCUUUUAAUUAGCUUCACAGAUUGGGAUCUAAGACAAGAUGUAAAGGCCGGCUAUGGCAGGGCCCCAAGCCCAUGCCAAGGCAGACCGCCGCGUCAGAACUAGAAGGGCGAUUGGCGGCGCAACAUGAACACCAGCAGCGUGAUCUACAGCAGCUACGUGGAGCGCUCGCGCAUCGACCUACAGGUGGAGGAGGCCAAUUUGUAUGUGGCCCGGGCCCUGCGGUAUGUCAUCGAGAAUGUGCUGGCCCAGCUGAGUGCCACGCUGGUGGUGACGAUUUCGACGCGUCAUGAGGGUACUGCCCGCUGGUUCGAGUAUGUGAUGAACACACUCGUUUAUUCGUGGCGUGUGGCAGCAGUGCAGCUGCUGCGAUUCAGUACGGACUUUGAGCGGGUGCGUGUGCCCGGAAGGAAGCGAUUCAAUCUGAUGUUGGUGGACUCCUACGAGGGACUGGUUAACUCAAACAUUACCGAGGACAAUGCGGACUUUGAUGAUCAGGAGUAUUACUUCAUCUUCCUGCAGACACGCGAUCAUCUCAUACCCAUGGAACUGGAGCUAAUCCUGGACCAUUGCCUGGCGCAUUACUGGCUGCACUGCAACGUGAUGAUCCAGACAGCCGACGUGGAUGUCCUGGUUUACAGCUACUACCCGUACACGUCGGACCACUGCCAGGCGGCGUAUCCGGUGCAGGUGAAUCACUUUGAUGGCCAGCGCAUGGUCAACCCGACCAUGUUCCCCGAGAAGCUGCACCAGCUUCACGGCUGUCCCAUCUCCGUGCUCACCUGGCACCAGCCGCCCUUCGUGGAGCUUAAAUGGGACGAGCACAGCAACAGCCUGCGAGCCAGCGGCUUUGAGAUCCAGCUGGUUGAGCAUCUGGCCCGCCUGCUCAACUUUACAGUGGAUCUGAUCAACCUGACGCUCAUCCAGCCGCAGCUCUAUCGCCUGGCCAAUGGAAGCAGCGAAGGACCCAUUGAGUUUCUCCUCGAGAGGCGGGCCAAUCUUAGUCUAGGGUACUUUCGGAAGACGGCACGCCGGAACCAGCUGCUGACCACCGGCAUGUCCUACUACUCAUCGCCCCUGGUGGCUGUGUUGCAGCGCGAGAGCUAUCUCAUUGGUUCGCUGGCACUGCUCACCUUUCCCUUCGAGUGGACGGUGUGGCUAAUCUUGCUCGGGUCCCUGGCUCUGCAGAUAGCCAUUCGGAGAGCUGGACUCCCGGUGCUGGAGCUGUUGUUGGGCCAGUCGCUGGCCCGCCUGCCACGCUCCUGGCUGCACAGGCUGGUCUUUGCCCACUGGCUGUACGCCGUGAUGCCACUGAGGAUCUGCUACCAAUCGCUGCUCUUCCACCUGAUCCGGAUGCAGCUGUUUGCGGCGCUGCCGGACUCCCUGGAGCAACUGCUGACGGAGAACUUUCGGGGCGUGUGCACCGGCAAUACGCUGCGAAUGCUGCACGAGAUGCCGCUGGUGGCGGGCCGGACGGAGAGCUUCUCGGGCCUGGCCACGCUCUACGACCAGGAGGUGCUGGAUUCACUGCAGCAGACUGGCGGCCACAAGGUCUUUGCCAUAGCAGGGAUGGACGUGACUCUGGCGUAUCUGCGGUCCAGCAGCCGUCCGGAUAGCUACCAUGUGGUGGGGCAGCCGGUGAAUGUGGAAUAUGCCGGCCUCUACAUGCCCAAGCACUCGUAUCUGUACGAGAAGGUGGACGACGCCAUCCGGCGGCUGGACGACACCGGAUUCAUACACGCCUGGCGACGCGCCGCCUUCGUGGCACACCGCAGGGUGGAGAAGCUGCCACAGGAACAAGAUCGACGCCGGUACAUCAGUAAUUCCCAAUUGUCCGGCGUCUACAAGCUGAUGACGGUGUUGUAUUCCAUUUGCGGCUUCGUUUUUGCCGGGGAACUGCUGCUCCAACGCUGGCGAGACCGUCGGACUGGCCGAAGAACUUAGUUAAGAGCCCAAUCGAUUGCCUCAAGCACCCCUCCCAAUACUCCUCUGCGUUCUGUAACCAUUAAUCAUGGGGAAGAAGUUUUCCUUUUCCUGCAAUUAAACGGAAAGUCACACAAAAACUUCCUGGGACUUCCUUGGCUGCCCUUGCCAUCGAACGCCAUGUUCGAGGGUCUGU